AUGAAGCGCUCUUCCGACCGCCAAAUCACCAAAGAUGACGCCGAAGCUGGCACUCUUGAUGGAGCAAACGAGGACGCCCGCCCCUUCCAGAAGGCUCCACCAGACGUCCUUGCCAAGCGCCGCAUACUCAAAGCCCGUAGAACUCUACCCGCCGAUGCAACGAACGAAGAAAAUGCACCUAAUCCCUUUGCAGCCAUUUCCACGGGCCCGGCACCGCCCGCAGCGGACGCACAGAUCACUAGUCCCGCCCCCUGUAAACCCACCAAUGAUAAACCCGCCGUGACGGAAGAGGAGAAGACUGAGAAGCCGCUGGAAACUCCUGCAGCUAUUCCCACACCAAAAAUUGAAGAAACAGAUAGACCUGCGGAUGGAAAUGCAAAACCAUUCGAGCCCUCCCCAGAAGCUCCGAAAACUGACAACGGAAAAUCAUCGGCGCCGCCGCCAGAGAAACCUUCACAAGGGUCUGCAGAUGAAAAAGCCCCUGAAACUAGUCCUCAAAAAUCAUCUCAAGCUGCAGAGAAACCAGCCGACGUUGCGCCUCCCAUCGACAAAGGAUCACAAGCCGGCGAACAUUUGGCGAAGAGUGAAGCUACAGGUAGAGCUCCUGAGGAGCCGAGCUCCAAGGUCGCCGACACACCUCAAGUCAACUCUGCCCCAGCAUCGGCUAACGACGCGAAACAGACUGGUGAAGGCACAGCGGAUAGCGCCGCCAAAUAUGUGGAAAGAGAGGUACCAUCGCCACCAGAUUCUUCCAAAGCCACCAGCGCUGCAGCACCCACCCCAUCAAUGCAUGCCAAUGGCAAGGCUCCAGCGGCCCCUAUCACCUUCGGAAACCUUUCCGGGGCACCGGUACUGACAUUUGCAAACGCAGCGGCUGCCAGCAAAGGAAUGUUUAAUAUCGCACCCGUCGCAACUGCACCCCCACCUCCGCCUGCACCGGUAAAAGAAUUCAAGGAAGCGCCCGUACAAACUGGUGAGGAGGGCGAUGAGGAGCUAUUCCGAGAACGAGCAAAGCUAUACGAAUUGCAAACAGGAGAGAAAGGCACACGUAGCUGGAAGGAAAAAGGCGUCGGUCAUUUGAAGGUCAAUCGCGAUAUUGAAACCAAAAAGGCACGUUUGGUUAUGCGUACCGAAGCAACUCUCAAGGUUAUUCUGAACAGCCCAAUCUUUGAGGGUUUCAGGUUUGAUCGCGCGACGCCAAGGUCGCUGAGAUUCCUGGGAUAUGACGCCAAGGAUAUAAACAAGCGCCUAACAUUCUUGGCGAGGUUUGACAGUGUUGUGGCUUCUAAUUCACUUAUAGAGGUAAUCGAGAGCACACAAAGGACUGCAGCUAACAACAAAAGCGAAGACUGAUUCGCGUUUACCGAUGUUGCAGUGCGCUCUACUGCACCAGCUGCUGUCGAGACAAGUCUACAUAUAUCAUCUGUUUUAAUCCGAUGGCGGCGACCUGUAUAGUUGUCGUAGCUAGUUUACCUCUUGCUUGGUGUUAGUAGUCUUUGCUCUCUUGAAAAACGCACAACUAAUCGCUUUGCGAAUAAUAGGGAGCGACGCGAGACGAAAAUUAAAGGCAUCGCCCGCUGCAAAAUAUGUUAGCGUGGCGCUCAUUGCACAAAAA